AUGUCCUACAGAAUCUGCAAACUCUCAGUGGUGCGCCAAUUUGCAUCGAAGAAACCAUGCCACGAGACGGGGAAGAAAGAGCUGAAUCACUUCACUAUUAUUCAUUGGAAAGAAAAAAUUCGGAAGGACGUAACUAUUAUCACCGUAUCACAUCCGAAGAUUUGUCCUAUCCACAUGAUGAGGGAUCCAGGGAAACCUGGCAAGAUUGUUGGACAAGACAUAUCGCUCGACUCUAGUGAUGAUUUAUGCGGAGCGGAUGGUGCCCUGUUUUGGCUUGUGGCUACUGCAGCACGAUCAGCAUCUCUCUUAGGCGUAAAGGACUGCCAAAAGUGGCUCGACCUGCAUAUGGCCGAAAAUAUGCGAGGGUCAGAUGCGGAUCAACAGACCGAUGAAAUGGGGAAUAAUGAGGUCAAGAAGACUGAUCGUUUUCUACGAGGUGUGGCCAUUCCCAACCUGGUUGCACUAGUUCUCUGCCACUAUCUUCAGGACUACUCUUACCAUGCCGAUGCAUAUACUGCAGAUAAUUUGGUCAGCGGCCGACACACCUACCGCCUUUCGAAGGGUGUCAACAAAGUUUUACAAGCGAACUGGACUGCAAACCCAGACAGCGGUACAGUAGAUGACACUGAAUCAGAUAUUCAGGGUGUCUCCGGACGCGCGUUAGGCUCGCGAAAGGCAUCAGCCGGGUAG